AUGUCUCGGUCUUCAUCACCACCAUCUCCUCUAGAGGACGAAAAGCCCAGUGCUUUGCCAAACUUCAGAGAAAAUGAAGAGUUAUCCACCGACUCCGGUCGCCUCCAUGCCCUGGAACAGCUAGAAAUUCUCCCUCAAAUCCUACAAGAGGGAAUCUUAUUUGCUGGCUCUGGAGCAGCCCUACUCCUCCAAGCAGCCAUGCCCGCAAUCCGAGAAGAAGAAGUCAAAGAAACCCCAAAGGACCUCGCAACCGAACUUCUCGACGCCCUCCAAGCCCAUCUAAGUUACAUCUCAAUCCUAGUCUUCGGCACCAAGCCAGAACGCAGAACUCUCCUCGACCUGCUAGCUCGCGACCAAGCCCCCGGGCUAGGCGGUGGACACAACAACCGCUUCACCAAACACCCACCGCUGCAGCGCUGGAUGGCCGCAACCCUCUACGCAACCGCAACAGACUACUACCAGCGCGUCUACGGCCGGGUGGACUACGACACUGCCCAGCGCGGAUACGCCGAGUUCACCAUGCUAAUGGGCUGUCUCGGUAUGCCAGCCGGUGUCUGGCCUGAAUCUCGACAGGCGUUUUGGUCUUACUGGGAUGAUCAGGUUGGAAAGUUGACAGUUACAGAUGAUGCGGCGCAGUUCGCUAAGAAACUUCAUGAGAGUAAGGAUAUGCCUAAGUGGGUGCAGAGGAUUAAGCCUUUUUUGCGCGUGGUUACUAUUGAAAUGUUGCCGCCGAAGUUGAGGGAUGCUUAUGGGUUGAAAUCUACUGCUGGGACGAGAAUGUUGUAUCGGACUUGGAUGGGCUUUUCGGUUGCUGUUUAUCCUGCUAUGCCAAAUAAGAUGCGGGCUUAUCCGUUGCGAUACUAUCAGGAUCGUUUGCGUGAGAAGCUCAAUGUUGUUUAA